AUGGAACCCGUUUGGAGUAGUCGCUUUUUCUUCUGUUUUGCAUUUUCAAUAUUAUCAGUUACCAUUGUUUGUUUUACAGAAGCAAAGAGCGAAGGGUUUAGUCUUGAACUAAUCCAUCGUGACUCCCCAAAGUCUCCCAUUUACAACCCAAAACAAACUCACUAUGAACGAGUCUUCAAUGCCAUACGUCGUUCUUUUAAUCAUGUCAACCGAUUCAAUCCAAAUACAGCACAAGCUGAUAUAAUCUCCGACCAUGGUGAGUAUCUUAUAAAUAUUUCAAUCGGUUCCCCACCUUUUCAGAUUCUCGCCAUUGCCGAUACUGGUAGUGAUCUUAUAUGGACACAAUGCAAACCUUGCUCUGAGUGUUUCGACCAAGAAGCUCCUUUUUUCGACCCCACAAAAUCCUCUACCUACAAACAACUUUCUUGCUCCUCAAACCAAUGUCAAACCCUUGAGGGUUCAUCUUGCUCCAACGACCAAACUUGCCUAUAUUCAGUUUCUUACGGUGACAAUUCCUUCUCACGUGGCGAUCUUGCUAUCGAUACUGUUACUUUGGGUUCAACAUCUAGCCGCCCUGAGAGUCUGCCGAAAACCAUCAUCGGUUGCGGACACCAAAAUGAUGGUACUUUUGAUAAUAAAACAACUGGCAUAGUUGGGCUUGGAGGCGGUGAGGUAUCCCUUGUUACUCAAUUGGGUGAUUCAAUUGGUGGCAAAUUUUCUUACUGCUUGAUUCCAUUGUCAUUCUCAUCAUCAGAGGAUAAUGCUUCAAGCAAACUUAACUUCGGUAGCAAUGGCGUCGUUUCGGGUUCUGGCGUCGUUUCGACUCCUUUGAUUUCUAAAGAACCAAAAACUUUCUACUUUGUUACACUUGAAGCAAUCAGUGUUGGCAACAAUAAUAGAAUUGUUUUUAAUGAUUCCUCAGAAGGAGAUUUGGAGGGUAACAUUAUAAUCGAUUCAGGGACUACAUUGACGUUUUUGCCGGAAUCAUUCAACUCUAAAAUGAUCUCAGCUGUUUCAGAAGCCAUUGAUGCUGAGCCUAUCAAAGACUCGAGGGCGGUACUUGAUCUAUGUUACAGUGCGAGGAGUGAUUUGAAUGUUCCAAAUAUAACAGUACAUUUCACUGGUGCGGAUGUGACGUUAAGUCCUUUGAACACAUUCAUCAGAAUUAGUGAGGAAGUUGUUUGUUUCACAUUUAUGGGUGAUAAAGAUGAACGAAGCCUUCCAAUUUACGGUAACUUGGCGCAGACCAAUUUUUUGGUUGGGUAUGAUACUGAGAAAAAGACUCUGUCUUUUAAACCAACCGAUUGCACCAAGGCGUGA